UAUUUUGCAGCGACACAUUUCAAACAUGGCUUCUAAACACCCGCCGGUGUGUCAAAUUUUCUCCUUCAAGGAUUGUAAAACGUCUCUGGAUCCGAUCUUUGAGCUCCCGGCCCACUGCUUGACCCCCACAGCCGCCCCGAUAGUGAUAGACAACGGCUCCUUUCAGACCCGAGCCGGCUGGGCGGCUCCAGCGGCGGAGUUGGACUCUGCUCCGCGGCUGAUCUUUAGGUCCGUGGCGGCUCGCAGCAGAGGAGCCGCCCGCAGCGAGACCCAGAUAGGGAACGACAUCCCGAACCUAGAGCCGCUGCGGUGGCUGCUCAAGAGCCAAUUCGACCGAAACGUGGUGGUGAACUUCGAGAUCCAGGAGCUCAUCUUGGACCAUGUGUUCACACACCUGGGGCUCAGCUCGGAGGGCUUUGUGGAGCACCCCAUCCUGAUGACAGAGGCACCCUGCAACCCGCUGCACUGCCGGCAGAUGAUGUCAGAGCUUCUGUUUGAGUGCUACCGUGUCCCGUUUGUGUCUUAUGGCGUGGACAGCUUGUACAGUUUCUACCACAACAACAAUCAGAGAAACCUGCAGCCACCACACACUGGCCUCAUUCUGUCCUCUGGCUACCAUUGCUCUCACAUCCUGCCUGUUGUAGACGGCAGAUUGGACUCUGUGAACUGUAAGCGUUUGAAUGUAGCUGGAAGCCAGGCCGCUUCCUACAUGCAGCGUCUCCUGCAGCUGAAAUAUCCAGGUCACCUCGCUGCCAUCACACUGAGCCGCAUGGAGGAGCUGCUGCAUGAGCACAGCUACACUGCUGUGGAUUAUCAUCAAGAACUGGAAAAGUGGCGUUGCCCGGAGUUUUAUGAGCGAGAAGUUCACCGUAUGCAGCUCCCCUUCUCUGGGAAGGUGCCAGGGGGGUGUGUGAGUGUGGAGGAGCGGCAAGAGAGGCGAGCUCAGCAGCUCCGGAGACUUCAGGAGAUCAACACUCGCCGGCGGGAAGAAAAGCUGCAGCAGGAUCAAGAAAGGCUGGAAAGACUUUUGGCUGUACAAGAGCUGUUGGAGGAUGGGCUGUUGGAUCAGUUUCACAAAAGCCUCAUGGAGCUCAACAUGGAUUCUGCCGAGGAGCUGCAGUCAUACAUCAACAAGCUGCAGCUUGCUGUGGAGCAGGGGAGGCUGAAGCUGCUGCAGAGCGAUGGAGCAGAGGGGAAGAUGGAGGUGUCGGAGUUAGAGCAGCCCAUAGAUGAAGGAGACGGAGUGGCGCUGAUGGAUCCAGACUUCCCCGAGGACCCGCUGUCAGAAAAAUCUGUCAAUGUUGUUCAGCCUGCAUUCAACAUGGCCGAGUACCACCAGCUGUUUGUGGGGACAGAACGGCUCCGGUGUCCUGAAAUUUUGUUCCAGCCUUCUCUGAUCGGAGAAGACCAGAUGGGAUUGAUGGAGAUGCUGCAGUAUGUCCUGGCCAGGUACACCCCUGAGCAGCAGGAGGCGCUGGUGAACAAUGUGUUUCUGACGGGAGGGAACGUGCAGUACCCUGGCAUGAAGGAGCGAGUGGAGAGGGAGCUGCUGGAAUUUAGGCCCUUCCAGUCUCCUUUCAAGGUAACCAUGGCAACACGCCCGGGCUUGGACGCGUGGUACGGAGCACGGGACUGGGCUUCGGAGCAUCCAGCUGCAGCAGGAGCAGAAGGAUGGAUUAGCAGGCAGGACUACGAGGAGAAAGGCUGUGAAUAUCUGAGCGAACACUGCGCCUCUAAUGUCUUCAUUCCAAUGAAGAUCGCCAAACCUGUUCCUGCCCGUCCCGCUGAGCUCCCUGUGGCUUUUCAGAUGCCGACAGGAGCAUCUGCCGCCGUGGCAACAGUUAAAUCUACCUCAGCUCCAUCCUCAUCCACAGAUGCUGCUGACAUCAACAUGGUUGCCUCUUGAAAAGAGCAGUCAGUCUAAUGUUUUAUUCGGUUCAUUUUGGACCAAGUGAGGACUUUUUUUUUAAAGUAAUCCUAACCUUUCAGUUUGAUUUCUACCAGGCUUUUUCACAACUUGUUAGGGUCAGUUUCACAUGUUACUAAAGAGCUUGCUCUUUAAAUUUGAUGAAAAUGAAAAUGAAAUAAAACUUUGAAUGAUAAAAUAGCUGAAAAAGCUUUGUAACUAGCACAUUUAAGACAACAUGCAAUAUUAUUAUUGAAUAUUGCUCUCUACGAAAAUAGCACCCAGGCAGUCUAUGCUAUUGGAAUAUUGCACACCUUGAUGCUACAAUGACGAAUGUGAUUCAGUAUGGUGUGCAGCUCUAGUUGCAGCCAAGCAUGUCAUCCUGUUACAUUUACAUUUGGGAGCUUUCCUCUGAGGCCUCACUUAUUCAGACUGUCCUGCGUGGGUCUUUUGUAAAUUUGUAAUUAACGUUUGUAGAAUUGUUGGUCAAAACCUUUUAUAUUGAAUGGUGAUCACAUUUUAAGCUCUAGUGAAAACAUUUAUUUCAAUAUUUUGUUAAUAAAAUUACGACAUUCUUUGUUGUUUUGAAGAACAUGUUGAUACAGAUUAUGUUUUUUAAAAUAAAGUUAAGUCUGUUUUGUCCUUUCA